AUCCAACUCUUGAUUCUGAUUUCUCUGUUUUUUUGUAUCUUCAAAAAAUCCAAAACCAAAACUUCAGAACCGGGUCGGGUUGCCUUAUGUUGUCGGGUUAGGUCUCAUUUUUGUGACAAAAAAGUACAAAACGACGACGUUUGAGACAACUCUUUAGAGGAGCAGAGAAGAAAGAAGAAGAUAGCGAUUAGAAGAAAUGAUAGAAGAAGGUCCACCAGCUCCGAAGAUGCUUCGGAUGGUCUACUUCGUCGGCGCCGGAUUUCUAUGUACUUUCGCGAUCAAUAAAUGGCGUGAGAUGGAGAGAAACUCGAUUCUGAAACAGGAGCAGGAGAAGAAUCAACAACAUGGAGAUGCAGCUUUAUUGCAUCAAACGCCUCCAAAUUCGAUUCAGAAAGCUAUGAAAUGAUGAUGAUCACACACUCUCUCUCUCUCUCUUCUUCUUUUCUUGUAAUUUUGUUUUGAUCUAGAUGAUGCAAAAGAUCUUUAGAUUCUAGUAUCGUUGACCUAAAGUUUGGAUCUUUUUUAUCAAACCCAGUGGAAGAAAUUGCCUCUGUGUAU